AUGCAAGAAGGUUGGCCGCCCUUGACAUCGAGCGCGGAAGGGUCUGGGCCAAUGCCACCUACAUCAAGCCGUGCAGGUGGUAUUGGUCUGGGCAAGAGCGACGGCGCGCGGGGGUUCCCAGCGCGGUUAUUGAUUAAGCAAUGGGAAACUUUUUGCCAAGCAAGUUCUUAUGCUGUAGCCUGCAGGCAGGAGCUAUUGUUAUUGGCUGCUUUGGAAUGUGGCAUUUUUCAUACUCGAAAUACCCCUACUACCUGCUUGGGUUCAACAGGUCUUCGUAAAUUCACGUCCAAUUUAUUGGCCUUCCUCGCUGCGUGGAAUGCACUGGAACUCUUUAUGUGCAUUGGCUUGAUUGUGGGAGCUAGCAAG